UGAUUGGCUCGCUCAACACCUCCAUCCUGUAUGGCUUAAGGAUCUAUUGCUCCACCUAACGGGAAGCAGCGACGGCUGUUUAGUCUUUCUGUGGCAGAAAAGGCGAAGGGCUACUCGAGAGGGAGAAAAGACAUCACUUCGCCUCUCCAGCCAAGAUGAUCCACAGCCUGUUCCUGAUAAACGCGUCCGGCGACAUCUUCCUGGAGAAGCACUGGAAGAGCGUGGUGAGCCGCUCCGUUUGCGACUACUUCUUCGAGGCGCAGGAGCGUGCCACCGAGCCAGAGAACGUCCCGCCGGUGAUCCCCACGCCGCACCACUACCUGAUCAGCGUGCUGCGCCACCGCAUCUACUUCGUGGCCGUCAUCCAGAGCGAGGUGCCGCCGCUCUUCGUCAUCGAGUUCCUGCACAGAGUCGUCGACACGUUCCAGGAUUAUUUCAGCGUGUGCACCGAGGCGGCCAUCAAGGACAACGUGGUGGUGGUGUACGAGCUGCUGGAGGAGAUGCUGGACAAUGGGUUCCCCCUGGCAACGGAGUCCAACAUCCUCAAAGAGCUCAUUAAGCCUCCCACCAUCCUCCGCACCAUGGUCAACACCAUCACAGGCAGCACCAACGUCGGUGAGCAGCUCCCCACCGGCCAGCUGUCCGUGGUGCCGUGGCGACGCACCGGGGUCAAGUACACCAACAACGAGGCCUAUUUCGAUGUGGUGGAGGAGAUCGACGCCAUCAUCGAUAAGUCAGGUUCCACCAUCACAGCGGAGAUCCAGGGAGUUAUUGAUGCCUGCGUGAAGCUGACGGGCAUGCCUGACCUGACGCUCUCCUUCAUGAAUCCCCGGCUGCUGGACGACGUCAGCUUCCACCCGUGCGUUCGGUUCAAGCGCUGGGAAGCCGAGCGGAUCCUCUCCUUCAUCCCGCCCGACGGAAACUUCCGGCUGCUCUCCUACCACGUCAGCUCCCAGAACCUGGUGGCCAUCCCCGUUUACGUCAAACACAACAUCACCUUUCGGGAGGGCAGCUCCCAGGGCCGCUUCGACCUGACCCUGGGCCCCAAGCAGACCAUGGGGAAAGCCGUGGAGUCGGUCCUGGUCAGCAGCCAGCUGCCGCGGGGCGUCCUCAACGCCAACCUCAACCCCUCCCAAGGAACGUACACCUUCGACCCCGUCACAAAGUUGUUGACGUGGGAUGUUGGGAAGAUCAACCCACAGAAGCUGCCCAGUCUUAAAGGCACCAUGAACCUGCAAGCCGGAGCCUCUAAACCCGACGAGAACCCCACCAUCAACAUCCAGUUCAAGAUCCAACAGAUGGCUAUCUCAGGGCUGAAGGUGAACCGGCUGGACAUGUAUGGGGAGAAGUAUAAACCCUUCAAAGGCAUCAAGUACAUGACCAAGGCCGGAAAGUUCCAGGUGCGAACAUAAAGACUGCUGGUCCAAACCACCAGGAGGUCGUCCAGGGAGGGGGAGGAAGUAGUGAAAGGGGGAGCCGGUAAAUUCCUGGGGUUCCUGCUGAGGUUUACCCACUCAAACCGGGGGAUUGGAGAGGGGGGCUCCUUGUAGCAGUAACGAGGGAACCCGUCCACACACUGCUGCUUUGAAAAAAAGUCCUUCAGUCAUCAUGUCUUCAAAGUGUCCUCACAACUAAUUACAUGUCUUUUUUUUUUUACCCUUUUGUUGUUUUAUUGAACCUUGUUUUGUUCUUUUUAUCCAAUUGGUAACUUUAGAUUUGUUUAUUGUUUUGCUUGUCUUGAACACUGGAGCGACCAAAGCUGUUUGAUUGUUUAUCAUGGAAAAUCUCCAUCUCACAGUUCAGACCGUUUCCUUCAGUUUUAUUUCACCGCACAAUGUUGAAGAAUUUACACGUUCAAGAACUGAAUGUUUUCCUAUUGUCGUAUUUCCUCACUGCCAGGAAAACGUGUGUUUGCUAAGAUACAAUUCGUAAUGUUGCCACAGCAACUGAGCUUUUAGACAUAUUUGCAUAGGGAGGGAGGCGAUUGUUUCAUGCCUCUGCAUCCUCACUCUGCUCUACUUCGUGCUGGCAUGCUGAUCGGUAGCUAACCGAUCAAAAGUAAUACGUUUCUGUAAUACGAUGAGUACCUCCAAGGAAAUGUUGAUGGUUUGCAUUUUGUGUUUACAGUAUCUUUUUUCUUUUUUUUUGUCUGUUGAAAAUACAGCCUCCAAUGGAGUGUUGUGAUGGUGGAAUAAAAGAAAUAAAAAGUCUUAAAGCUGAAUGAUUA